UACAAUAACAAAUAUUAUAAACCUUGCCCGAGCCAAUCAUACUCCUAGCUCACACCUUGCUACCAACUGCGAACACUUAUUAAUCGCAACUAUUUGCAAUCUCUCACUUUCUUGAACAUCCCACGACGGCGACUUGCAUCCCCUCACUAAACCCCUCAUACCUAACCACUCCUCUACCGUGCCAAAAUGUCUCUCCCGAAUGAAGCCCUGCAAAAGCUUCUCCAAGAACUCGAAAACCGUAUAGUCACCUCCCAGCAACAGAUCGGAAUCGCCAAGGCCCAAGUGACCACAAAACAGAAGGCUAUCAGACUGCUAGACUUGACAUCCAAUGAGAUGAGCUCAUUGCCUAAGGACACGCCUGUCUAUGAAGGUGUAGGGAAGAUGUUCGUGGGUGUCCCGAUGUCGACGGUUGAUAAACGCUUGGUGGCUGAGAAGGCGGAACUCAAGUCGGAUGUGUCGGGGUUGGAGAAAAAGUUGAGUUCGCUGGAGAUGACGCAUAAGAACAGUAUGGAGCAUUAUGAGCGGUUUGUGAAGUCCGGUGGUAAGGCUUGAGUUCAAGCGUAUCCGGCACUGAAGUCAUGUUGGAGUUUAUCGUGGGACUAUUCUGGCUUUGAGAACAGUCGGCUUCGGCGAGUCAGGUGUUUUUGAGAAACAGUAAGGAGAACCGACGAAGCGUUCUUUAACAGGACCUAGAAGGAGUUGUUCAGGAUAAAGGAUGAGGACAGCCAGUUAUGAUGUUACUCGUGCAAGCCUGGUACUGUGCAGAACGCACUCCAGCGCUUGGAUAUACAAUGGUGUCCGGCUAAUGGACGGAACUUUUGGCUGUGAGGCCUACUGGCUGCACCAGUCGCUGAGACAGCGAUCGGCUACUCUGAUGCCUAGCAAGUGUCAUGUUUACCUCGGGAACUCAAAUUCGGCACAUGUCCUUAAUACUGCUUCUGAUCACUAGGUAGAAACCAAUGUUAAUAAUAUCCUCACAGAUCAA